CAAUAUUUCCGCGCGAAUUCUCAGUGCGGUCGUCAGCUCAAUCACGCGUUACACUUUGCAAAAUACGCGAGGUCAUCAACUUCGAACAAAGAGACGCGUCUCGAACUAACGAAAUUGGAAAAAUUCAGCGAAGAAUUGAAAACAAUCCAAAUAAUCACUUGCUUAUUUAAGUGUAUAUAUUAUUAGUGCUCAUAUUCACAACAAACAAACUUCGAUUCCAGAAUUAUUAGUGUUGCAUCAGCUCAGGACAGCGAAGAAUAUUUUUAUUUUGCUGUGCAAUAUUUUCCGGAGGGAAAACCACUGCCUAGAAUGGAACAUCAACUUUAAGUUUCUAAAUUUGUGAAGAAUAAAAUCAAGCAUAAAAUUUUAGUUCCUUUCUAUAAAAUCGAGCAAUUGUUUCAUCAGUGAUCUCAAAAGUCGCAGUUUGCACUAAUUGCUUCGACGCAACUUUGGCUGUAAAUAAUCAAUCGUUGAACGAUGAGGAAAUUUUGGAUGAUCCUAUCCAUUUUGACGGUCCUAGCUAUCCGCUCGCCGGUAGAGGGAAAGAAACUCACAGAAUGCGAGGUCGUAAAAGAGUUGGAGCGAGCCAAAAUCAGCAAGAGCCUGUUCAGCAAUUGGGUUUGUCUGAUGAAAAGCGAAAGUGGGAUGGAUACGGCGCUAAUGACUGGUCCAAAGACAGCAUCCAGCUAUUCCUUCGGCAUCCUCCAGAUCAGCAGCUCCAAAUGGUGCACGAGAGGACGUAAAGGUGGCAUCUGUAACAAACGCUGCGAGGAUUUUCUGGACGACGAUAUAAAGGACGACAUUGCGUGCGGGAAGAAGAUUUUCGAUCAGGACGGAUUCAAAGCAUGGAGCGGAUGGAUGAAAAAGUGCAAAAAUAAGCCGCUCCCCAAUGUGCCUUCCCCACCUUGCAAACGAAGGAGAAGAAUGGUGCCUCCAAUCGAAGAAAUUGACGCUGCGCUUGUAUGAUUGGAACAAUUCGUUUGAUGCACUGAUUGCCGAUACACGAAACUCAAUUUUAUUUCAACGCACUUAACGACACGUCUUCGUCUAAUGCAUUGCGCGAACAAAAUACGCCGGUACGCUUUAUAAAUAUGAAUCUAAUUCGAUUGGAACGGUUUCAAUUAUGACGCAAAAGUUCGUGGUCGUUUUGAAGUCACUUUUGAACGCGACUUGGCAGAGAGUGACACGAGAAAUACGAAAUAGUUACGAAAUUCUAGCUACUAGAAUGACAAAAAUAUACGUGAUGAGACUUUGUCAGUGUCUUCCCGAUUUCAUAUCUUUUUAUUCGUGUACGACAUUUCAGAAAAUUAUCUCACAAGCCCGCACGUCGUAAAAUUUAAAGAUAAAAAAGGGCGAAUUUUGUUUGAAAAUCGAAAUUACGUCUUUAUAUUUACAGAAAUAAACUCUUAAGAAUCUCUCUAUAGAAAAGAAUAUUACAAACAGCAAGUAAUUCUUUAACCAUAAAAAUGUUUUAAGUUGAAUAAUGUCAAGCUAGAUCAAAUCUUAAAUGCGACGUAACAUCAAAUGUUUAAAAAAUAUUA